AUGGGACUGUUGGUGUUUAUGCGUAACCUGCUGCUAGCCCUCUGCCUCUUUCUGGUACUGGGAUUUCUGUACUAUUCUGCUUGGAAGUUGCACCUUCUCAGAUGGGAGGAUUCAAAUUCAGUGGUUCUUUCCUUUGACUCCGGUGGACAUACAAUAGGCUCAGGAAGGAGAGAGAGAAAAACUGUGGCUAUUGUGCUUCCGCUGUCCAUCCCAUCUCACCUUGCUGCAGACCCAGGAAAAGAGAGAGCCCAGAAAGAACCCACAGAAACAAUGGCAGCUCCAGGCCCAGCCAUUCCUAAAUAUGACAAACUGGGCUUUCUCCUGAACCUGGACUCAAAAUUGCCUCCAGAAUUGGCAUCAAAGUAUGCAAAUUUCUCUGAGGGAGUGUGCAAGCCUGGUUAUGCAUCAGCGCUCAUGACUGUCAUCUUCCCAAAGUUCUCGAAGCCGGCACCAAUGUUCUUGGAUGAUUCCUUCAGGAAAUGGGCUCGUAUCAGGGACUUUGUACCGCCUUUCGGAAUUAAAGGACAAGAUAAUCUGAUCAAAGCCAUCCUGUCAGCAACCAAAGAUUACCGUCUAACUCCAGCUCUUGACGGUCUCAGCUGCCGGCGAUGUAUUAUUGUGGGAAAUGGUGGAGUACUUGCAAAUAAGUCAUUGGGGUUAAAAAUUGAUGACUAUGAUGUUGUUGUCAGGCUGAACUCGGCUCCAGUGAAGGGCUUUGAAAAAGAUGUGGGUGGCAAGACAACUCUCCGGAUCACGUAUCCUGAAGGUGCAAUCCAGAAAAUGGAGCAGUAUGAGAAGGAUUCCCUGUUUGUUCUGGCAGGAUUCAAAUGGCAGGAUUUCAAGUGGCUGAAAUACAUUGUUUACAAGGAGAAAGUGAGUGCCUCUGAUGGCUUUUGGAAGUCAGUGGCAACUCGAGUCCCAAGAGAACCUCAUGAGAUACGUAUCCUGAAUCCCUACUUCAUCCAGGAGGCAGCUUUCAGCUUCAUCGGACUGCCUUUCAACAACGGCCUGAUGGGCAGAGGGAACAUCCCCACCUUGGGAAGCGUAGCAAUAACCAUGGCGCUCCACAACUGUGAUGAGGUGGCGGUAGCUGGGUUUGGCUAUGACAUGAGUUCACCCAAUGCACCGCUGCACUACUAUGAGAACAUCAAGAUGUCUGCCAUCAAAGAGUCCUGGACGCACAAUAUCCAGCGGGAGAAGGAGUUCCUACGGAAGCUGGUGAAAGCCCGAGUCAUCACUGACCUAACCAGUGGGAUUUGAGUGGCUGCAGCCACUGCCUCCAAGGGAGGAGACAAAGACACACGCUGCAGCUCUGGGAGCAGGCACUGGCAGCCCCCCCGCAAGAAUCCCACCUCACUGAAGACACACAGAGAUGCCCAGGUGCUCUGGGAAGACCCUCUUGCAUUUCCAGUCUGCAUGAGGGUUGCAUCUGCUGCCUCCAGGCCUAGAGUUGGCAGGAGGUGGGCAGGGGGCUGAGUGGGCCAUUCUUGAACUCUACGUUGCAGACGGAUCUUCUGUGCCCUGAAUUAAACAGGAAAGACUCAGGAGAGAGAAGAAGGGUUUGUGAAUAAAACGAUUUGUGCCAAACGGGAGGUGAUGCUGCCCCAGGCAGCAAUGCCUGAAUGUACAAAGUAUUAUUUUUUAAAAGAAACUCUGCUGGAAUCAUACUAGAAAUACCAAGGUGCAAGGCAAAGUCUGCUCGUGCACAGUGCUGCGAAGAGCCUGGCCUCUCCAUGCCCCAUCUGCAUUGUCAUUGGCCUCAGACCUUUCCCCAGGAAAACAAAUCCGUCCAAAACUUUGGUGGGGUUGGUGCUGCUAUAAUUCGAAGGGCGAAUAAUGGCUUUCCCUUGUUCUCCACUUGGAGCUUCUGGAUGGAGAUGAGCAUGGGUUUGUUUUUCUGCACUUCUCCUUGCAUCCCACACACAGGUGGCAGCAGCAGCCACUUACUUGGCUGCGUUUUCCAUAGCCGUUUGUCCUGUUCUGCCCCUGCCCUGACCCCAAGGUGGAGCUGGGAGCCGAUGGCUUUCUCUGCCUGCAGCAGACCCUCCCCACCUUCUUGCCUCUCACAGCACUGAGGAACCUGCCUCGUUGUGCUCAAGGCUUUCAGACCUCUUGGUUUGCGCCUGCUGUGCAGGGCCCCCAUGGAGUCCAUGCAGAUUGGUGUCACCAAUCUGGACAGCAUCUCGCUUUAUUUUUGUGUGGGAGAGGAGUAAUUUAUUCUUUGGAAGGAGAUCAGAUCUUGUGUGGAGAUCUGAAACAGUUUGAGAGCAGGACGCUGAACAUGUUUGUUUUAUGUUCCAGACUCGAUCUUGUUCCCUAUUCAAGCGAUGUGUGACCUCAGUGAUGAUGGAGCCUGCUGGCACGGGUGGGGGCCUGCUGGGAACUCUCACACUCUACUUGGCCCCUGCUCACUUCAUUUCCCAGCUCCUUCCGUGCUGCUCUAGCACUGCUGCUCCUCCUGCUCUCAGGAGCACAUCCCUUCCUUUGCCAUCUUGGUCCUGAGAAGCAGUAUUUGCACAUUUGACUUGUAUAUGUAUUUCAGAGGAGCCAGAAUAAACUGAGCAACGUGGCCGAGUGCAAGGACAGUGGGAUGGUCUCGUCCACCUGGACAGCAUGGGCAGAAGGGGGAUUG